ACUCGUAGCAGCAAACGUUAAACAAACUUUUAGAUAUCAUCAAAAAAAUAAGUUACUUCAUAGAUUUGAACAAUUGAAAUUACCCGCAGGCGUUAAUCCACCCACACUAUCGGCAGCAAUUUUUUGCCACGCAGAGCUGAGCUGCGCUGAAAGUGAGCUGCCAACUUGCAACUGACGAGUUUUGUCAGUAGGAGCUGCAGCUACAACGCCUGUCAAAGUGACUGACGAAGCACAAAUCAGAAAACUUGUCGAGCAAUUGGAACGGGAAACCACCGGGCACCGGGCUAUACAAAACAGAGAAAAAAAAAAAUCAAAAAAAAAGAAACAAGAGGAAAGCAGUUCUCCCACAAUGGCGUCAAAUGAAUUGGACAAACCGAGGAAGCGGGCUGAGAAACACAAUCAGUUCGUCGGACCCAUUGUCUACAAAAAUGAGAUGCCCGGACCGUCGGUAGAUUGCAAAUUACUGCCCUGCGGCAGGGAUAUUCUGGAGCACACUCUGGAUCCGGUUUCGUAUCCCGACGAGGAGUCUCGCAUUUUGCAUCAUUUCAGGGGACUUCAUUCGUUGUUUGACUUUGAUUUGGUGAACCAGUCGGUUUACGAUAAGCCGCCCAAGAAUGCGCAGCAGAUGGAUUCGAGGGAUGCAGCUUUAUUGGCGGACAUUGAUGCCUUGGAUUGUGGCUAUGGCAAGCCCAAAUCAAGUCGUGCCCAAGAAUGUGCCCAGAUGUUUGCCAAGGAGCGAGUUCAGGCGCCACGUCCUCGUCCCGGACUAAAACGUCCUGCGGCCGAGACAAAAAAGAUCCCGAAAAGCCUGGAACCCAUAAGUCUAGAGCAGCAAAAGCAGCUGAUUGACAGGACCUUCGAGGAGAUCAAGAAACCCCUACUCAGGCAUCCCACAAAGCCUAGAAGUAAUGCUCGACCUGUGGCUAUUUUGCCUAUUUUCCCAGACUCAAACUUACAGAACUACCACUUCAUUCAAAUGCAGUUCGAUAUUGCACCUACUGAUAAUAAACAAAAUUUAAUCAAAGACUGUGGCAACUAUCUGAUCAACUUCAAUGCCACUCAGGAUAUUUGCCAGUCUGGAGAACAAUUAUAUCUAUCAGAUCAGCGCUAUAAAGAGGAAAAAGCCCCUGAAAAUACAGAGCGUGGCGAGCGGCUUAUACUCAUCGAAAGAGAUGCUGCCCUCUAUUACGUUACUGUGGAGAAGCACAUCAAAUUAAGGCGGGAACGGCCACGCCCACAGGCCUUGGCCAACAAGUGUCUGCUGCAGGUCAAACGAGUACCAAUGGAAUCAAAAUAGGAGGGAAUUGAUUUUUUUCUGGCAGCAUGAUUGAAAUUCCCCUGUUGAGAAAACAACUGGGCAGCGAUGAAAUAAAGCUAUAACCAUAUUGAUAUGAAAUUCUCACAAAUUGAAAGAAGUUUUCUUUGCAAAUGCUUGAAAAUAUGUUGCAUAAAUAAAAAUAAAAAUGCCGAAAAGCUAGAUUGAA